CACAUGUUUAUUGUCAGACAUGGCCACACACAAACUACGCAAAUCAAACAAAUGUGUUCUUUAGUAAAAUGCAGUCCAUUACUAGCAAGCAGCUCCCAUCAAUUCCUGCACGGGCAUGUUGCGACACGGGUCGCGGAGUAACAAAAGGACGCCAAAAUGGCCGUGCUGUGUCGCCACAGAGCUUCACAAAGGUGAAAAAACACAAGUAUUCAGGGCAGAUAACAGCCAAAUAUUCCUGCAUUUCUCACUUGAUCUGGCCCUGAUUAUCAAUUUUACAUCUCCCUGCCUCUACCUGGCGGCAGUGUCAGCGGACACCGUCAGCGGACACCGAACCGCACACCUGUUCAGAAAGUGGGUCGUCGGCACACGAGUGAACUAAGAAAUAUACGGCUAAGAGAUUGACAUGUCUGGAUCAGCCGUGGACGUGUUGUUGUUUUGAUAGGUGGACGUGAUUGAUUUAAUGAGUGUUUGUCACAGUCAAGAUGCCGCCUAGUAGGCCCUCUAAGGACCGGGAUACAAACUCUGCCCGUGUCCUCGCCAACAGAUAUGAAGUUGUGAAGAAACUGGGCAGUGGGAACUUUGGAACGGCCUUUCUGUGCAAGGAUCUGCGCAAUAACAAUGAACUGAAAGUGUUGAAGGAGAUCUCGGUGGGGGAUUUGCAGCCGGAUGAGACGGUGGACGCCAUGCAUGAGGCUCGACUGCUGUCCAAGCUGGACCAUCCCAGCAUCGUCAAGUUCCACGACAGCUUCAUCGACGGGGAGUUCUUCUGCAUCAUCACGGAAUACUGUGAUGGUGGAGACCUUGACAUUAAGAUAGGUGAUUGUAAGAAGUCCAAGACAACAUUUGAUGAGAAGAGCAUUCUUGAUUGGCUGGUGCAGCUGUUGUUGGCGGUGCAGUACAUGCACAGUAGACGUGUUCUACAUCGGGACCUCAAGACAAGGAAUAUAUUCAUUAGAAACAACAUGGUAAAGAUUGGCGACUUUGGCAUUUCUCGUAUAUUGAUGGGCACCACCGACAUGGCGUCCACGUUCACAGGCACGCCUUAUUACAUGAGCCCAGAAGUACUCAAACAUGAAGGCUACAAUUCCAAGUCGGAUGUAUGGUCCAUAGGCUGUAUACUGUUCGAGCUGUGCGCACUGGAGCAUGCAUUUAAUGGCCAGGGUCUGAUGGGAGUCAUGUACAAAAUAGUGGAAGGAAAACCACCGGAUCUGCCAAAGAAGUAUUCGCGAGAACUAAAUACAGUCUUUCAAAAAAUGUUAGUAAAAAAUCCUGAUGAAAGACCAUCAGCAUCUGAAGUCGUGAAACUACCUUUCAUAGCGAAUCACAUGACCAAAAUGAAGGACACUUUGUCCGACGAGUACAAGAUGAAACACUUCAGCAGUCAGCAUCAUGCAGACAGGGAUGCAGAAGAGAUUGCUCAGCUGCUACGUGAGAAGUCGCAUCUGGAUGACUUGCGUAAGUCGGAGGUCAAGACGACCCCGGUGAACACCAAGUACAUGUCUCCCCGGGAGAGGAUGAGAUUACGCAAGAUGGAGGAGGCUGACAAGAAGGGGAAGAUGUUGAAUAAACAUGCGAAAGUGCAAUUACAAGAGAACAAUAUAAGACGGUCAGCAAUCAAAGAAUCUCUCAGCAAAACUUCAGUACCUGUGUGGGCGGGAGGAGACGGGGAGGGGCCGAAAGUGAGGAGAGCUUUGUCGAAGAGUGCAGAACACGCUGGCACACUGGACUCCAAUUACUCCGGCCGGGCGUUACGGAUGCACACUGUCCCAGCACAUGGUUACCACUUCGAGGAGGAGGAAGAUGAUUUUCAGACAGUAAUUCCACGGCAAGUGAGGACAAUGGGGUUUUCCUCCUCUCUACAUUCACCCUUUGAGGAGGAUAGGCCAAUCACACCCUUACGAGAUACAAUGGUUUAUGAUGUCAAAAACUCAUCGUUAGAUUUUAAAGAUGGCAUUCCUGACAACCCCCGGCUGGCCGAGACUUACUACUCACAGUUUGAGGGAGACUUUGAUGAUGAUGAAGAUGACAAUGCUGACGAUGGUAUUGGUGAUGAUGAGCCUGAAGAUUAUGAUGAUGAUGAUGACAUUAUGAUGGAUGAAGAGCGCACCCUGGUGGCAGAGGAGGAAACUCACAACGAUGUAGAGGAUUUUAUACAAUGUCUGGAGGGUGCCUUGGAUAAACCUGAGGAGCAAACCAUUACUGUAGCAGAUGACACGGUCUCAGGAGCAUUUGGCCCACAUGCCAGGGGGGUGAAGAUUAAGAAUCUCCGAGCUCAGUGCGAGAGUGUGCUGGGUAAGGAGACAUUUGAGAAGGCGUACAGCUACCUGCGUGGAGCCCGCUACGAGAAGGAGGGUGCCAAUAAAAGUGAGAAAGACAUUAUGCAGGGCCUGCGAGAGCUUGUGAAGAAUCCGUCCGACUGUUUCCUGGUGGACCAGCUACUGUUUCUUGAGGAACAAGCCAAAUACCAUGAAAACAGCUAGCAACUCAGUCACUGUGGACACCAUUUUGCUCAAGUGGGGAAGCUAUUUACAAAAUUCUGCAAAUAUGUACUAGGAACACAAAGGAUGUGAGAUGUAUAUAGAAUUAUAGAUUUCCUUCUAUUUAAUGGCGUUCUACAUGAACUAUGAUCUGAUUGAAAAUCUAGAAUUGUUUUGUAGCUUUACGAUGUUUUACUGUCAUACAUUAUUUUGAAAACUUGUGAUAGUUAAAGGUAUUGCUUUGUGAAUAUCAAGGGUCAUCAACUGUAAAUAAAGUGGCCAAGGGAGAACACUGUCACCUCCCUGUCGGAUUGUACCAAGGGAGAGCACUGUCACCUCCCUGUCAGAUUGUACCAAGGGAGAGCACUGUCACCUCCCUGGUGGAUUCAAGCUCCUUCCCAGCGAGUGACACCUUCGUUACACUCUCGGUAACAUCGCUGCCACCAGUGUGGGCGCGGCCAUUACAAGAAUCUUGAAAUUUGCCCUCAAACCCCAUAUGUAGUAAC